AUGCCUCCCUCAAAACCAAAGCCUUCAGAGAUUGCUGCGGAAGCUAAGAAAACUUAUAUUCCUUAUAUUCGCAGUGCGUGUCCACAAUGGCCAACUACUUCAUAUCUAUGUCAUUCAGAUUCUCUACGAGAUCAGCCAAUUAGAGAAUCAAGACAGUAUACGUUUGCUUUUUUGGAACGAGAUCCCGUGGACCUAGCGCUCGAAUGGACAGCUAGCGAGAACAAUUGCCCCAUUCCCGUCAUUAUGCCAGCACAUGAAAGACGACCAGGUGGAGAUUGGGAAGCCGGUGUCAUGCAACCAGAGGAAUGUUUAGCUAGGCGAAGCACUCUCUAUACUUGCCUGACCACUCCAGCAUCAGACAACAUAACCACAAAUAACUACCCCGUUCCCGAACGAGCUGGUAUCAUCUCUCAAAACGUUGUGGUUUUUCGCAAUGGACCAGAGAAGUAUGAGCCGUGGUCAGAAUACAAAUCACUACCGAUAAUCUCCGUCCCUACCGUCAAACGUCCUAAACUUGACAGCUCCGGCAAGAAGUACUCUUUCAAGACAGAACGCGAAUUAAUGAAAGCUUCCAUCAAAACCGCCUUGCGGAUCGCGAUAUUCUAUGGAUAUGAUAAGAUUGUGAUUGGAACAUUUGGUCUUGGUCCAGGUUUCAAGAACCCGCCCGAAGAAGUUGCCAACAUCUGGCGUGAGCUACUGGUCCGCGACAACGAGUUCAACCAGCAGUUUUCGGCCAUCAUCUUUGCCUUUGAGUCAUGUGAAGGUGCGGGGGGUUCCAGUUCUAGCAGCCCAAGCUCAUCAUCGAAAGCUUCAAAAUCAUCAAGCGCAAGUAACAAGACUUCUUUCACCCACGAACUCGACAUAUUCAGACAAAUGUUCAAGCCAGCAAAUCUCCACGGUGCUUUCAAAUCUUGA